AUGGCGUCUCCACCACCUCCUCCUCCCCUGCCGAGCCAUGGAAGCCACAGUGCGCAAAAGACCAAGGGUCUAGACCGCCUCCAGGAAAUGAGGAACAAGGACCGCACGCAAGCCCUUUAUGGUGACUCACCCCCGCCCCCGAGGCAGCCUGCUCCGUAUCCCGAAGGCGACGUGAUACACCACAUUCAAGAUCGCUAUGUAGUACGCCAUGGAAGCCAUGUCACCAAGUACACUACAAGCCCUCAUGGAAUGGGUGUUAACGACCACCCGAACGAAGUUGUGGCCCUACGCUUUGUCAAGAUCUAUACGACCAUCCCAGUCCCAGAGGUCAUCAGCAGUGACUGGGAUCGCAUCACUAUGGAAUACAUCGAGGGCGAGACUCUGCAGCAGGCGUGGCCGGGUCUCACGGAUGAUCAGCGGUCUGCCAUCUUGACCCAGCUUCGGGGAUACAUCGCUCAGAUGCGUGCCCUGAGCGGCAUAUACCUCGGCCGUCUUGACGGGCAGGGCGUCAUUGUCCCAAGCAUCAUGACGCGCUCCGGGGGCCCCUUUGCUACUGUAUCUGAGUUUCAUGACUGGCUGGUGAAGCCGCCGAAGCGGUUAAAGGCUCAGUCCAUGUACUGGCACCAAAUUACAACGCAGCUUGCUGCAGAGAGCCCCAUCGUCUUCACGCAUGGAGAUAUUGCUGCGCGUAAUAUCUUGGUGCGUGAUGGUCGUAUCGUUGCUCUGCUGGAUUGGGAGUACGCAGGGUGGUACCCAGAGUAUUGGGAAUACGUCUUCACACUGCGCGGCAUGGAUAACAUUGACUGGGAGACACUGGGUUGUCAUGCCCCGUCUCUCUUUGCGAACCGCCAUGAUCUUGAGUAUAUCCUGGUGGGGUUUAUUCUUGGACUCUCGUGA